GAUGACGUAGAACUCCCGCGACUCGUCACAUGUGGAAAAACUGCAACCAAACGCUCAAAUCCAGAGGGGUUUCUUUUUAAAUUAUCUGUUAAAGUUUGGACUGCGGUCCCUUUUUUCAAUUCAUCAUGGCUUCGACAUCAAUGCCACAGAAGCGUUACUACAGACAGCGAGCGCAUUCAAACCCGAUGGCGUACCACACCUUUGAUUACCCAGUAUGUCCUGAAGAGAUGGACUGGUCCAAGCAUUAUCCAGACCUCAUUCCCGAUCCCUCAUCAGGGAAGGAAGCCCCUCGAGUGGAGUUUGCAGACAUUGGAUGUGGAUACGGGGGCCUUUUAGUGGAGCUAUCUCCUCUUUUCCCAGAUAAGCUCAUGUUGGGCCUGGAAAUCCGAGUGAAAGUGUCUGAUUAUGUUCAGGACCGCAUUCGGUCGCUGCGUGACCUGAACCCUGGAAGCUACCAGAACAUCGCCUGCAUUCGCAGCAAUGCCAUGAAAUACCUCCCCAACUUCUUUUUUAAAGGACAGCUCAGUAAGAUGUUCUUCCUGUUUCCUGACCCACAUUUCAAGAAGACCAAACACAAAUGGAGGAUCAUCAGCCCCACUCUGCUGGCAGAAUACGCCUACACGCUGAGAGUCGGGGGUUUGGUGUAUACCAUUACAGAUGUGGAGGAGGUCCACCUCUGGAUGGUGAAGCACUUCAGCGAACAUCCACUGUUUGCACGUGUCUCAGAUGAGGAGCUGGUCGAUGACAUCAUUAUAAGCCGUCUGAGCUGCUGCACUGAGGAGGGAAAGAAGGUGCAGAGGAACGGCGGGAAGACUUUUCUCGCAGUUUUUCGGAGGAUUGAGGAGUCAUUUUAAAAUCAUACACUUUGGACUUAAAUCAGAUCCUACCUGGACAUUAAUCCUCAUUAUCCUGUCUGGAGCUUUCUGUUGUUAAAACACCAUGGGAAAAUUAUAGUUUAACACAAACCUCACCAUAUUCCAAUAAUUUUUAUGUUUUUUUGUUUUUUUUUAAGUUAAGUUGAAUAGUGAUUCAGUAAACUAUGCAGCUAUUAUAAGAGAAGACCUCAGUGUUUUCUUUAAGUUUUAAAGCUGCUUUAAAUGACAAAAACUGUCUUCCUGAUGAGCAGACUGAUCCUUCUGCAAACUGUGCUUUGGAUUGUUGUCUGGCUGCAAGACUCUACAGCUAAGACAGGGAGAGAAGUCAGAUUUGAUAUAAUGAAGAAUCAUUCUUAUCUGUUAGUGCAUCUUCAAAGUGAAGUUCAAAUCGUAGCAGGGUGCAGCAGGAACAGUAGCACACAGUGUUCGUUGUGUGAUUGUUAGCUGUAUAUUACAGGUCGGUAUGCGGAUCUGUCAGGAGUCUGGAAACGGGACGGCGCAGGUCUGGAAAGGCUUUCUGCUGCUUCAGGCUGUGGUGAUUAUCAACAGGACAGCACAUGUCGUCAUGUUCAUAACCCAAACACAAGCAAAAAAUGAGCUAAUCAGAGGAUUACUAGACUGUAACAACUAGAAAUCCUUCCUGGGACUGUGAUGGGUCCAUUUUAUCAGAUUUUGCUUUCCAUUUUCUUUUUUAUAUACUGUUUCAUUUAAAUUAAACUUUUUUUUACACAAGAUGGUAA